UGGUCUUGUGGUUGUAGUGUUCUGUUUGGAAGGGGGCAUCGGGGACGGAAAAGUGCAAAUUGUUGGUCUUCGUGGUGCCAUGGCUGUGCUGGAAGACAACAGUGUCCAUGCGAUUCAGUUCACCGUCCUCUUCAAUGGUGCGCUCUUGCUCAUUUUCCUGGUCAUCUUUGAAGUCUUGCUGAGAAAGCCUGGUACCAGACAUCAAUUGGCUCCCAAACUUCCGGCACCCGAAAGCGUGGGCGUCCUUUGGACCCGAUGUCCACAGCUCUUGGUGGGAGGCUUCAUCGCCUGGGCGGCCAAUGGACUUCGUCUCCGUGGCCGUUCAGCGCCGCGCGCGAGGGAGGCAGCUUCAGCGCUAGAGACGGAGCUGGCGGAAGCGGAGGCGGAACCGGAGCUGGGUUUGGACGCGCAGGUCUUAAUUCGUUUCUGCCAACUGGGAUUGAACUUCAGCCUCGUGGGCACCGCUUUGUCUUUGAUCCUUCUGCCGAUGUAUGCCACGGGUCCUGGUGGUGCGCCUGGCUUCAAUAUACUGUGCCUGUCGAAUUUACAAGUCAAUGGCUCUACACGUUUUUGGUGUGUAGUCCUGGCAGCCUACAUCUUAACCUCUGCCUCCAGUUAUUUGGUGCUUGCUGAGUGGCACACCUUCGCCCGAAUGCGACGAAGGCACUUCGCGGCUGCAGCCUCUGGUAGGUCCGGGCCUGUUGCAGCCCAAGCCUGCAGAACCCUUUUGGUCCAGGAAGUGCCUUUGAGACAGUUCUCAGAGGAGGAGAUCAGUGCGUUUUUCGAGAAGAUUUAUGGUCCAGGCUCAGUCUACAGCUGUGCUUGCGUGGGAGAAUCAGAGACUCAGAUGACUCAGUCCAUAGAACUCCCUUCAGUGCACCUCAUCCAGAUGAACAUCUCUGCAUCUGCAUUUGUGACGCUAAAGUCGGCGGAGCAUUGUGCUGUAGCCCAGCAAGUGAUUUUGAGCCAUGAUCCAGGCUGGAAGGUGAGUGGGGCCCCAGAGCCUCGGGACUUAGUGUGGAGGAAUGUGAAAAAACCACUGAGACUGACAGAGAUGCAUCACAAGGCGGGUUUGGCUCUGAGCAUUCUGGGCAUCUUGUUUUGGUCAGUUCCAGUGACUUUGAUCCAAGCCUGGGCCAAUAUUGGCACACUCUCGCGGUGGAUUCCAGCUGUGGUGAAAUUGAACGAAGUGUCACCCACCUUCUAUUCCUUCUUGACCAGCUAUUUACCCGUGCUCGCCUUGAUGGGUUUGCAAGCCUUAUUGCCUCAAUUCUUUCAGGCGAUGGCUAUGGCCGAGGGCCACCGAACGAAAAGUGCCAUCCAACGAGUGGUCUUGAACCGAUGCUUUUCCUAUCAGAUGGCUUCAUUGUAUGUGACCGUUUUGUCCGGAUCCUUGUGGGAUUCUCUCCAACAGAUUCUGGAUCAUCCGCAAGAAGUGCUGGACAUUUUGGCACAUUCCUUGCCCAAAGCCAACGUUUAUUUCCUCUCAUUUGUCAUGGCUAGAGCAUGUACGGGCAUUCCAUUUUUACUCUUGCACUGGCAGUUCUUUUGUGCCAAGUGUGCUCCCCAAGAGCAGAUACACAGUGCCUAUGGAUAUGAGGCAGCCAACCUGGCGUUGGUGUUUGUCAUCGGGCUAACGUACUCGUUCAUCGCUCCUGCCAUUCUUCCUGUUUGUGCACUUUAUUUUGCCUUUGCCACGCUCUCCUACCGGUGGCUCUUCAAGCACGUUUAUGACGAAGAGUUUGACAGUGGGGGUCAGUUUUGGUACGACCUCUUCAACUGCGUCUUCGUCGGGUUGCUGCUCAGCACGCUAUCUUUAUUGGGAUUGGCCGCGCUCUAUGGUUCAUCCUUGCAGGUGUUUGCUUUGAGCCCCCUGCCAUUCUUGGUGAUGUACCUGGCUUUCCGUGGUUGGAGAAAUGGCUGGAAAUCGCGGUGGACUUCCCUGGAAGAUGCCAUCAAUGCGGAAGAGGGUGGAGUGUCCACCUUCAAGACAGAUCUUUAUGCUGAACCGGGCCUUGAGUGACAUGAGUGACAUCAAUCGGGCGCAUCGGUGUGAUUGGAAGCCAUUGAUAUUGAGUUGUGUGCCAUUGGUCGUAAGUUGGAGGAUCAAUCUAUCAGGUUGGAGGCCCUUGUUCUGCAGAUAGCGACAGCUAUUGGGUGGAUUUUGCUUCUACUAAAGAGUUUGAAACAGACUCAUGUCUCAAUGGACAUGAGACUUCGUCGAUUGUUUGGAAAACA